CGGUGAAGAUGGGUAAUUCCAGUUCAUCUGGAAUAGCUGGAAUUGGUGAUGUACAAAUAAAGACAAGUAGUGGGAGCACAAUCACUUUGAAGGAUGUCAGACAUGUUCCAGACCUUCGACUCAAUCUCCUAUCAAUGGUAUGUCUUGAUGAACAGGGGUAUGAAAACCACUUUAGCAGGGGCACAUGGAAAAUGUCAAAGGGCGUUUUGACAAUCGCUCGAGGACAUGUUUGUGGCACAUUGUACAAAACCCAUUUGAGGAUUUGUACGGAUAGCCUCAACAUUGCUGAGGAGGCUUCUCAGGAUCUGUGGCACUUGAGACUCAGUCACAUCGGUGAGAAAGGGUUGACUACCUUGAUGAAGAAGAACCUUAUCAACAUUGAUAAGAAUGUUACACUGGGUCCUUGCAGUCAUUAUCUAUUUGGUAAGCAACAUAGAGUAUCAUUUAGUUCUACUUCAACUAAAAGAUCGGAGUUGUUAAGUUUGGUACACUCCGAUGUAUGUGGUCCUUUGGAGGUGGAAUCACUCGGUGGAAGCAGAUAUUUUCUGACUUUUAUCGAUGAUGCUUCUCGGAAAGUGUGGGUGUAUUUCCUUAUAACAAAAGAUCAGGUGUUCGAGUGUUUCAAGAUAUUACACGUCUUGGUGGAACGUGAAACAGGAAAGAAGUUGAAAUGUCUUCGAUCUGAUAAUGGAGGCGAGUAUACUUCCAAAGUAUUUGAUGCAUAUUGUAGAACAUAUGGCAUUCGACAUGAGAAGUCAUUACCACGCACCCCUCAGCACAAUGGCGUUGCUGAAAGAAUGAAUCGGACUAUCAUGGAGCGAGCCCGGAGCAUGCUGAAUAUGGUUAAACUUCCAAAGUCAUUUUGGGGAGAAGCAGUCAACACCGCAUGCUAUCUUAUCAACCGAUCACCUCCAGUACCGCUAAACUUUGAAGUUCCAUAGAGGCUAUGGACAGGUAAGGAUCCUACAUACUCACAUCUUAGAGUAUUUGGUUGUUCAUCAUAUGCACAUGUAUCCAAAGAGCUCAGGCAGAAGCUUGAUGCAAGAACUAUACAGUGCAUUUUCGUUGGCUAUGGAAAUGAAGAGUUUGGAUACAAGUUAUGGGAUCCUAAGGAGAAAAAAGUAUUCAGAAGCAGAACGUUGUGUUCCACGAAGAUUUGACAAUAGAAGACAUUGAAAAACCCACAAUGUCUCGGAAGUCAAAUGAGGCUGCUCAAGUUACAAAUGAAGCACCUGAACUAUUCUUGAGAAACAAUGACGAAGUGCAUGAAAAUAGCUCAGAAGUAGAAGAGGAUGAGGAGACAGAGGAGAGUGCAGAGCAAGGGGAGUCACAACCCAGCUCGCCAGGCACAAAUGAUGAUAAGUGACUCCUGGCGGUGUGAAGAAGAUGUGGUAAGCUGGGAAGUCUUCGAGUUCUGGACCAUACAGUCUUGGCUUUGUCAGAUUUGUCUUUUUCAGGCCAUGAACAUUUGAUAGAUGUCGU